GGGCACUCUCCCCGGAAACUCCAGGUAGAUCUGAAGACACCAACUACAGAUUGCGUGAUAAACAAGCAAGUAAGGAAACUUGGUUGAACUUGGCAUGUGUUUUCUGCACUGAAGUCGUUAUUAUUGUAGCAACAGUGUAUCACACAGGUGUGAAAAAAUGGAUGUGAUUCUGACUCAAGACACAGUUUUAAAAUUCCUGUUGGACAGGGGCGGCAAAGCUAAAAACUCCGAUAUGCUGAGCGAGUUUAAAGGUCUACUAAACUGCGGCGAUCCCGAGGAAAAGAAACAAAACAGAGACCUCUUUAAAAGGUUUGUGAACAAUGUCGCGGUAGUGAAAGACUGCGAGGGGGUUAAAUACAUUGUGAUCAAGAAAAAAUUGCAGCAUCUGGUGAAAGAGGACGCAUCUGUGCCCGCAGAAAAUUCCAACGCAGAAAAGAGGUCAGAAACAAUAAGUGAAUUGGCGUCACCUAGUACAGGUGAAGAUCACAGUGGACAAUAUGAAAGUGCUGUAGGUAAGACCUUGUCUUCCGACCUUGAAAACAAUAAUGUGACAAUGCUUUCAAGCACCAACGAAGGCUUUUUAAAGAGAAAUUCGAGUGAUUCGUUCCUUGAAUUGGCGUUACACAGAACUCGGGCUUCGUCACACACCCCGGCAGCGGUUCUUGACGGUAGCGAAGCCGCUUCUAUGAAAACCACACAGGACAAGCCUUCAAAGGCUAAGAAGUCCACAUUUUCUGCGGACGUCGGGUGCGUAAUUGAAAAGACUGGGAAGACCGGUCUUGUUUUCGCAAUUGUGGCUGUGCCCGAUCGUUUAGCCCCAAACUCACAAUCACAGCCGGAUCUUCCUGCUCAUUACCAGGAGGAGAAACAGGAGAGGUCAUUGGUCAGAGACACGUUAAACCUAGGCAACCAAAAACCAGUUCAGAAACCCUAUAUGCUUCCCCUCAGAGUUCCUCCACCCCAGAUAAAUACUUUAUCUUCUGGUGAGGAGAACAAAGAGAAACUUCAACAAAAGAGCCCAUUAGAGCAUGAACAUUACAGGUCGCCUAGAACCAAGAGGAGACAGCUAGAGGAAACUGCCGCUCCUAACUCACCAUACUUGAAACGCGUUUCCAAGAUCAUCAAACCAGGCGAGGAUCAGGUGAGCUCGGAUGGGAUACCCCUGGACCCGGCAGAACACGAGUGGCUGGUGAAAACGGCAGCAGGACAGUGGACCCAAGCCUAUGGCCUCCUCCUGCGGGACACCAGUCUGGCAGGGAAGAGGGACUUCAUGUCUGGUUUCACGGCCCUCCACUGGGCAGCCAAAAGUGGGAACAGCUGCAUGGUGGGCAAAAUCAUCGAGGUCUCCAAGAGAGGUGGCACAGAGGUUGAUGUGAACGCCAAGACCUACGGGGGCUACACACCACUGCACAUCGCUGCCAUACAUGGCCACGAACAGUUACUGGCAACGCUAGUCCAGGACUAUGGUGCGAACAGCCACAUCCGAGAUAACAGUGGCAAGAAGCCCUAUCAAUAUCUGCAGAAAAAGGUGUCAGCAGAGGUCAAAGAGUUGUUAGGAGACCCCCACAUAAUGCAUCAGGAUAAUAUUCAGAGAAGAAGAGAAGACGAGGACCGGUUUCAGGAACACCUCAAAACCUUUAAGAGCCAGACACUCAGCAGGCUGUUCAAUCCUCACUUGGGAACUAAAAAGAAACAUGCCAAGCAAAGGCCAGGCUUCUAUUCUAUUAGUGAGGAACAGGAUGAAGAGCGGAAGGGGGGUAUGGUCAAGCGCAGACCUGUGUCUGAGUUAUUUUUGUAAGUAAGCAAGCACUGAUGUCUCAGUGGAUUCCUGGACCGGACUCUAUAUGGGGAGAAACUUUUUUUUUUAAAUUAUGAAAUGUACUGUCAGGAUAAACAGCACAUUUUAGCACAGGCUUUUAGAAGACUUACAAGAAACUGGACUUGAGCUGGUGUGAUGAUAUUUUUUAGGUGCAUUCUUUGAAGUUCAUGCCUGUCACUGGAUCUAAAGGUUGGGAAAAGGGACAGGGAGCACAAAGAGAAUGGGAAAUCUAGCUUUUAGUAAGAGUCAAUCUGCCAUGCAAUGAAAUUUAUGUCAUAAGUAUUUUUUAUGAACUAGUUAAGAAUUUGCCUUGUCUGAGUGUUUUGCAAUAUCUGCUACACUGUACUCAUUUUGCUCACUUUUAAUUUUACUUUUUCAGAGGACCACAAACACCACUCAUACAAUAUUAGUCUUAGAGUUCCAAGUCCAAAUCCACCCAAUUUUGUUUUAUUGUAUACUACAGGGUGGAGCACAGAUUACAGAUAGGCUUGUAUAACUUACUCUUUGUCUUGUGUUAUACCUGAAAUAUUUAAUUUCAGUAUAGUAAUGUGAAUUGGUUCAAAUAUUUUAAUAUCAUUUGGCUGUGGCAUUUCUUUAUCAAUGACAAUAAAAGUUUAAAUUUUUAAUUAUUUUCUAAAACAUCUUGUGUUCCAUUGCCACAUUUUAUUAUACUUUUUUCCUAUUAUUUCAGUGUCUUCCUUGGAUAAAGUUCAGGAACCGUCUGGAUCAGCUAGAUAUAUUAAUUUGUAGCAUAACUGACAUUAUUGUGUAAUAUUAAACCUAACAAGAGAUCCUUUGCUGGAGUGAAAUGUAGAAUGAUAUGGACCACAUUUCAUAGAAGAUGCUACCCUUUUAUUAAUGCAAUUAACCAGUGAUUAUUUCAGUUGUUGCAAAGGAAAACAAUACUAGACCAAUAAGGAUCAUGCUGUUGAACUCUAAAAUUAAACACUCAUUCUGUGCCAACUCAGUCAUGGAAACACACCAUUUAAAAAUUUUAAGAAGUCUAAUGUAUACUGUGAGACAGUAAAAACUCAACAAACUACAGUUAGAACAACUAAUGUGUUGUGUUUUGAAUGUCUACUUUUUUAAUGUUUAGUUUAGGUACUAGUUGCUAAGGUAUGAAAAAUAUUUUUCUUAUUCUCUUCUUUCAGAUAAUAUAAAACACCAGGGAAGAUGGGCCUUUUAAAUACUGGCAAUUUAUAAACUAUUAAUGAUGCUUAGUGAUUUAUAUGAAUGUGUAAAAAAGGGAUACGUGAUUUUACUGGGGCUAUCAAAAAGGCGCAACUCCUAGCUAAGAACAAAAAUGAGCUACUGUAUAUUAACCAAAACUCAGAUUAAAGUAAACGUGAGGACUGUUUAGGGACAGUAGAUCCAAAUAUGAAUGAUAAUGUGCUUUUGGAAUGGAACUAAUGAGAAAAAUGUCUGAUAUUCCAGAUCCAUUGAUUCGUUUCACUUUGGGUAUUAACAUAAUAAGGUAAUACAAUGGGGUUUUUUAAUUGUAUGUGCUUUGUUUCUGCAGAUAAACAGUGAGAUGAUAAUAUUCAUGCGAGGUCAGUACAGGAAAUGUUCAGGUAUAGUGCAUCCACCACUUUUCAACCACACCAUCCCCCACAUAGAGACACACUUUUCCAAUUUUUCAGGCAAGCACUUUAGAGUUUAUUGUAUGAACUUCUGUCCAUUUCUGUAACUGUUUCAGCUCCUAUAAUAUUUUGUGUUUUAGUGCCAUGUUAUACUUUUGUAAAACUGAUAACAACAUUAGCAACCUAUUAUUAAAAGAUUGGAAAAAGUCAGAAGAUUAUUUUCAUGUCAUAAGUUCAAUAUCUUCUGCAAAAUGCAGUUGCGUUGUAUUGUAUGUGCUGUCCUGAUUCUGUUGAUAGUUUUGAUUAAGGUGCAGCAUGGCAUGUAUAGGCAAAGUGUGUUGUUUUCCCUAAAUUCCUGUCUUCCCUCUUGUUUGAUUAUGUCUGAGCUUGAAGUGGUUGUAGGAACUGUGUGAGAGGGCUGGAAAGAGAGGAGCGCAGGUGGGUGGGACUUGUGGUGCACUAAAUGCAAGCUUGUGAAUUAUUUUCCUUUUUUUUUAUUCAAUAAACGUCUGACUUGAACUAGUUUUAAUCAAUGCACAUCUACCUCUUAAGUAAGCAAUAAAA